AUGUCAUGUGUUUCAGGCACUGGCUCCGUCCUCCUGUCGGCCCUGCAGUCCCUGCUCUCUGUGUGCUGGGCCUGGUGUCCCAGGCUGGAGAAGCAGGUUCAGGUCUUCUCUGUCAUGCAGUCCAUCGUCUCCUUCCUUAUCAUGGCUGGCCGAAUGUUCUCGUGUGUAAGGAACUGGACAGCGUGGACCUACUACCGAGACAACGUCCGUAUCCGAGUGAUACUUAUCAAGACUCACAACUUGUUGCCCAAUCGAAACUACAUCCUUGGCUACCACCCACAUGGAAUUGGAGCACUGAGUCUGAGUCCAACUGAGUCCAAUGGUUUUUCAGCCAAGUUCCCUGGAAUAACACCAUUUGUGGCUACCCUGGCUGGGAACUUCCACAUGCCAUUAGCCAGAGAGUACCUGGUGUCUGCAGGUGAGGACACUGGUCUCUGGGCUGACCUGGUGCCUGUGUACUCAUUUGGAGAGAAUGAUGUGUAUAAGCAGCUGAUACUGAAUGAGGGAUCGUGGUGGAGGCUGAUCCAGAGGAGGCUACAGAAGAUCCUGGGUUUUGCCCCCUGUGUGUUUCAGGGCCGGGGCCUCUUCUCCCCUGACACUUGGGGCCUGGUCCCCUUCUCCAAACCCAUCAACUCAGUUGUUGGAAAACCCAUGGAGAUGCCCAAGAUCAGUUCACCCAGCCAAGAAGAAUUGAAUCAUUACCACACCAUGUACAUGAGCUCCCUUACACAGCUCUUUGACAAGCACAAGACCCACUUUGAGCUGAGGGAGGAGGAUGUUCUGGUGAUUCACUGUGGAGUGGUCAUACCCUGGCCGGGUCAGACGCAAGCAAUACUCCUUGGCUGCUCCAGAUAAGCCGUGUACAUUAUGACUGAAGCUGUGACUAAAGGAACCAUCACACAGAUCAAAGGCUACCUGUCAAGACAGACUGAAACACAAUAGAUGCUGCCGUUUUUUCUAGGAUAAUCACUAGGUGAAGUGUCCUGGGGGAAGAUUGUUGUGUUCUGUCUGGAACCACAGCCUGCUGUAGAACAUUUGAUGCAUCAUUCAAUUCAAAAUAACCCCCAGGGGGCAGAACAUUUCUUACAUUUAUGGUUCUGCUGAUGAAAAUAAAACAGAUAAUGUGUAUUUUUAAUCCAUAACAUUUGUUUUUUUGAAUCAGAACUGGGUUGUUUUCUUGGCACUUUCUAAAUCUAUUUUGCAGCGAGAACAUAGUUAUGUCAAAUCAUUUCUGUAUUGGUCUUAACAAGUCACUUGCAUGGCCACACGGGGGUGUCUUGACUCUUCACUACAGUGAACGAACCAAUGUAUCCCAGCUAUUCAAACCAUUUGUAAAACAUUUUAUAUCACGCAGGCUUGCAAUAUCAUGUAUUAAUAGUCGGUUGUAUGCUUUAGUAUAACUAUUCAGUGGUUCAGUGUGUAUAUUUAAAGAUAUUGUUAAGAGAGACACUAUUUAUCUAAAUUCACUUGUCCUCAAAUUGUUCCACAUAAGAACAAGUGAGGUCAAUAGACACUCAAGAUGUAGCUUCCACAUUAUCAUAAUCUGUGACUAUCUGUUCACAAAACAGUGAUAAGUAUAUAGGUUUUAAUAAAACAUAUACACACUAUAACAUUCCCCUUUAUUUUAGAAGGGCACAGAACACGAAAAACAUUCAACUGUCGUCACACUACAUGUUUUAUUCCUUCUUUAAAACGAUAAUAAAGUAUGAAGGCCAUGACUUCUCUUUGGUGCCCUCUGAUGUUAUUGAUCAUAGUUUGAAUCACUAAGCCCUCACUGAAAGCCCUUAUUCUGCCUGUCAGUCAGUGCAGUGGUCCCCAGCCCUUCAUCCAUCCACAUGUGCAUCUGUGGAAGGAGUAAUGUGUUUGUUACCACAGCUUAACAAGAUACAGUAUGUCACCAUAUUGACUUUCAGUUGCUUCUCAAACAUUACAUAUGCCUGUAAAACAUUUGAUAUCUUUGUUUGUUCAUUGUAAAGAAAUGAUGCCUUUGAGCCAUUCACCCUGUAAUUGUUGUUGUUUUAAUUUUCUGGAUUUUACAGCUAAACAAUCAAAACGUGGAAAAAACGAAAUACUUUAUAGUAGUAUCAUAAAGUUGGGUUGACACCUAAUCUUGAAAGUGAAUCAAUAAA